AUGCCCCCCAGCUCUAGGUGGUGGCAGCCACCCGACGACGCCGAUCUCGACUAUGGAUUCGAUUCUGACGACCUCGAUAGAUUUGCACCGAAUCGCAAUCACGAUCGUCGCCCUUUGACACGAGAAAAACGAGAAACAGAAGAUUUGAAGGAUCCCAGCAACCAGGGCGUCUUUGGAAACAUGUCGUCCUGGCUGCAGCGUCAAGCGGGUUCCUCCCAGACCCAGCUCGCGUCCACCGCUGUGCUAUCGGGUGCCGCGGUCGCGGGCGCUAUAUUCGGAUACCAAGCAUUUAAGCGGAAGGAGGCGGUUCACGACCUGAAGGCCUCGAUCCCGGAAAUUGACGAGCGGCACCACGCCGAGAAGGUGAGCUUUCGCCGACUCGCCAACACACAAGAUCUGAUCCUUGAACAACUCGCCCGCAACCGUGUUUUCCUGACCGACGAGGGGCUUGCGACACUCCGCUCAUCCUUUAUCGUUGUGGUCGGCUGCGGUGGAGUCGGGUCUCACGCCGCUGCGGCGCUGACGCGGUCAGGCGUGGCCAAGAUCCGACUGAUCGAUUUCGACCAAGUCACAUUGUCCUCGCUGAACCGGCAUGCGCUUGCCACGCUGGCUGACGUGGGGACCCCCAAGGUGCACUGUAUCCGGAGGCGAUUGGAACAGAUCUCGCCGUGGGUGAUGUUCGACUGCCGCAAUGAGCUGUUCGGCAAGACGGCGGCCGAUGACCUGCUCGGUCCGUGGACCCUGACACAUGAUGGACAGGGCCGGCGACCAGACUUCGUUUUAGAUUGCAUUGAUAACAUCACCUCCAAAGUGGACCUACUGCAUUACUGUCACUCGAACAGCCUCCCCGUGAUCUCGUCCAUGGGCGCCGGAUGCAAGUCCGACCCCACGCGCGUUGUGGUGGGAGACAUUUCGCUCAGCACAGAUGAUCCCCUCUCCCGCAGCACGCGGCGUCGACUCAAGGCUCUGGGCGUCACCUCGGGCGUCGCAGCAGUAUUCUCGACCGAGAAGCCCGGCCCGGGCAAGGCGAGUCUACUCCCGCUCCCGGAGGAAGAGUACACCAAGGGCCAGGUCGGCGAGCUGGGGGUUCUCCCCGACUUCCGGGUGCGGAUCCUGCCCGUGUUGGGCACGAUGCCUGCAGUUUUUGGGUACACGGUCGCCAACCACGUCAUCUGCAGCGUGACGGGGUAUCCGAUUGAAUAUAACAUGGGUGGAAAGGGCCGCGACAAGACCUACGAUACUAUUUUGGCUUCCUUGCAAAGUUUGCAUGAACGGUUGGCACGACAAAUCGCUGACCAAGAGCCUGUAGGUUUGCGCCUCCCCGUGAGCAAAGAUGAUAUUGCAUUCCUCAUGGAAGAGGUGUGGAGGGGGAAGAGCGCGAUUACUGGGUUGGCCAAUCGACUGGUUCUGAUCCCCUGGCAACCACGUCCCCAGGGGUUUGGAUUAGAUUUGACGUAUGAGAAGGAAGGUCAGAAGUUCGUGCCGGUGGUUCUCAAGGACUUGGUCUGUAUGACCAAGGACGAGGCUACUCGACACGAGAAAGAGGUGCUUCGGGGUGGAAAGCCAGUGGAUGAGGUGUAUGACGAGACGGUUCUCCAGCGCGUAAAUCUGCGCCGACGAGAAGCCGAGGAGUAUGAACAAUAUCGGUAG